AUGCCUCAAGUUGAAACUUUCCAUGGAUGCAGCGUUCAAGUGGCGUCAGAAGCAUGCGAGAUGGUGUCGCGAGGCCACGGAUGGGCACAAAGGAAAGGGCCAAUUAGUCCGAUGGUGGUUGAUGGCAUAAGCCCAGCCGCACCAUUGCAAGGUGAAGGACGCGAGUCGGCAUAUCGCCAUGGAAACGAAGAGUGA